GAUACAUAUAGAAUAACAAAAAUUAUAAAAAUGGCAUCAUCUACUACUUCCUCUUCAUCAUCUUCAUCUUCAAGCUGGAGUUCAAAGCAAAACAAAAUGUUCGAAAAUGCCCUUACAGUGUACGACAAGGACUCGCCCGAUCGGUGGCAGAAGCUGGCAAGAGCAGUCGGCGGGAAGACGGCGGACGAGGUGAAGAGACACUAUGAGAUGCUGGUUGAGGACGUCCAUAAUAUCGAGACUGGCAAAGUUCCUUUGCCUAAUUACUCUAAACAUUAUUCUUACAACAACUUUCUUGAUGAAGAACAAAGAUUGAAGGGUCUAAAGUUACAAUGAUUUGCAAUCACGUCAAGAUUGAAGUGAAGAAUAAAAGAUAAUACAAUUAUAUUAUUCAACCAAAGCUCCAAAACUGAAAUAUAUUGUCCUUGUAGAUAUAUAUAAUAAGAAAAUUAUUCUACAAAGUUUUUUCCACUGUACUAUAUAUACAUAUAUAAUAUAUGAAGUAUUUUGAUUAA